AUGGCCGACAAUGAAGAUGGCGACGUCACAAUCGAGGCGGCAAAGGCGACCGAGACUAAAGAGCUGAGCAAAUCAGAUCUCCAAUAUGUUCAAUACGAACCCUCGAAAGAAGAGCAAUAUCUCCCCGCAAUCCGCCAACUAAUUUCCAAGGACCUUUCCGAGCCAUAUAGUAUCUAUGUGUACCGGUACUUUUUAUACCAAUGGGGUGACCUGUGCUACAUGGCUCUCUCCCCCACCAACACCUUAAUCGGCGUAAUCACAUGCAAGCUCGAACCACACCGCAGCGGCACCUACCGCGGCUACAUCGCCAUGCUCGCAACACAAGAAGAAUACCGCGGCCGAGGCAUAGCCACGCAACUCGUCCGACUGGCCAUUGAUGCCAUGACCGCGCGCGACGCCGAUGAAAUAGUAUUGGAGACCGAGGUGUCGAAUACUGCGAGCUUGAAGUUGUAUGAGAGGCUGGGGUUCAUUAGGAGUAAACGGUUGCAUAGAUAUUACCUGAAUGGUAAUGCAGCGUUUAGGUUGAUACUCUACUUGAAGGAGGGCACUGCGCUCAAAAGACCGGAGCAUGCUGGGCAUGGCGAGAUGGGCGGUAUGCCGGACAUGAGGCGGGUGGAUGAGGCUGAGUUGUACUCUUGA